AUGGAUAUGAAUGUUGAGAAUGUGGAACAAUGUGGUGAUUCUCUCACAAUUGAAGAAGUGGCUGAAGUUACGAACGAUGGAAAAUUGUUAUGGGAUGAGUCACUCAUUGAAAAAUUCGUGAAUAUUAUGGUGGAAGAAGUUAAGGCUAAUAAUCGUAGUGGCACAACAUUUAGUAAAAGUGGUUGGAGUAAUUUAGUCAAACAAAUGAAUGUUCACACGGGGAGAAAAUUUGGUUUAACCCAACUUCGGAAUAAGUUUAAUGGUUUGAGGAAAAUUUAUACUGAGUUUAAGAAAUUAUUAUCGGAGACUGGCGUGGGAUAUAACCAUGAGACGGGCAUGGUUGUUACGAAUGCAAAUAAGUAUAAAAAGUAUGGAUGUAAGCAUUUUGACAAGAUGUCGACUAUAUUUGGGGACACAUAUGCAAGAGGGAUGCAUGCCCACCCAUCCACUACAGCACCACCCACAAUCAUUUUGCCCACUCCCAAUGAUGACGAUGAUGAGGAAGAGGGUUGUGAGGUCAGUCCCCCACCUUUACGUAAAGGUAAGAAAGCCAAAAGAGAUGCUUUAUCUCCUGGUAUAGCUGCACUCUUGUCAAACAUGAAUGAGAAUUCUGAGAGGAGAGCUGAGAGAAUGGAAGCUGCAAUAGAGAAAGCAGCUAAAGCAUCUUCUACUUCUACUCGUGUAUCUUCAUGUGAGAAAGGAGAUGAUGAAGUUCUCUCUCCCUCAAAAAAGGAUAGAGAUUAUGAAAUGUUUGACGCCUCCAUGCUCCUUUUACAAAAAAUACCUGGAAUUGAGAUGGCCCAAUUCGCUAAGGUAUCGAAGUUAUUACAUGAUUCUGAGAAGUGGCAGAAAUUUUUUCUUUCGGCACCUAAGGAUGUAAGAAUUGGUUGGGCACUGAAUGUUUGA